UGUUUCCAUUACUAAAAACAUUAUCUACCUAUAAAACGUUAAUAUCAGUAUUUUGUUUUUAAAUAAAUUUUGUACGAACAUAAUGUUUUAAAACUAGAUGAAUCAUGGAACAAGAAGUGAUUUUCAUCGAUGAUGAUUUGGAGCAAAUUCAACCAUCGGUUCGUCCGGGACCUUAUACACGUAGAGCUACAAAACGCUCUCGCAAUGGAACACUAAUCAGACAGGACCAGCAGGGACAACCAGCAUCUUAUUCGAAUGUAUCAUAUAUAUAUGAGCUACCUUUGAUCACUGAACCGUCUGUCCCGACAAUAAGUGUUCCACCGUCAGCUCCAGAUCAGUAUGAAUCAGUAAUUGUUAAUGGUCAAGAUGUUUUUAUUAUUGAAGAGCUGGAAGACGGAGCUGCCCAGCAAAAUGUGGCGGUUCCAGAAAUAAUUUACGAGCAGUGUUUUACAUCGCAGCAUAACUCUGCUGAGUUUGAAACAGAAACUGAUAUCGAUCGGACUUUAUCUCAAACGGAAAUAAUACUUCCAAAGGAAAACUUACCAGAAGCAGAUGAUUACUACGAGGUCAAUCCUAUGGAGUUAUCUGAUAUCUGGAAUGAUCUGAUCACUGCCAAUCAGGAGAUUCUAAUCCUAUUAGAAUUACAGGACUUGAAACACCAUAUUGUGGAUGCUCGACAGAUUGAGGAUCAAUUGAAGAACAUGGUUUGUGAGUAUUGUCCCAAAAUUUUAUCCAACAUACGGGAAUGGAAUCACCACAUAAAGAAAAUGCACUUUCAAACUGAGUUGUUUGAGUGCGACAGUUGCGAUGGAAAAUUUAAAUAUUUUGCACGUUUUCGAGACCACUUGAAUGGUCACACAGGUCAUCGAAUUUACCAAUGUGACGAGUGUAAUCAUCAAUAUGCUUUCCGUAUUGGAUAUUUGGUGCACAAAAUUCUUGAUCACAUUAAAUUAAAUGGGAUUUAUGUUUGUCCAAAAUGUAAUUUGGACUGCAAAAAUGCACAAAAUUAUAAGUUUCACAUAGCAACGCACAUUGAUUUUACACCCCGGGUUCAAGAAGCAGCCAAAGGUUUGAAAUCAGUCAAUUCAAACCCCGAGCAGGCAGCGGACUCUACACUAUCAGUUCAGAAAAACAUUUAUCACCCAUCGGGUUACUCACGAAAUAGCGAAAGGAAUAAAUUUCUUAAUGUUUUCGAGGAUUUUUCUAAGGCAAGAAGAAAAGAGUGUGCUCCUUAUGUUUCACAAAGAAAGAAUAAUACUAGACCAUAGGAAAGUCGUGUUAUUUUAAGGUAAAUUAUGUCAUAUUUAAGUAUUCCGAAUAAGCUCUAUAGCAUCCAGAUUUAUGUUUCCAACUGAAAUAUUGAGUCACAUUUUCAAUUUCUUUCAAGAAUUUUCUGUUGAAUGCUGAUUUUUUUGUAAGUUUAGACCAUAAAGCAUUUUUCUUCAUAACGAU